AAGGUGACAGCUAUAUAAUAUGUCUGACCAGGAAGACGAUUUAGGUAUAGAGGAGGAGGAGACACAAGAAGAAGGCGGAGGAGAAGAACAGGCGACAGUGGAUCAAGAAGAGGCAGAAAACGAUGAAGAUCUCGGUGACGAAGAAGAGAAAGAACUUGAAGAGGAAGAAGAACAGAAAGAAGAAGAAGAGAAAGUUCCAGAGAACCCAUUGUCAGAGGAAGCUGUGGCAGAGAGUCUUUCACUACUGUGCAAAACAGGGGAUGGGUUAUCACAUGCCUAUGUUCGUCUGGAUGUACAUGAAAAAGAACUAACAAAUGUUUCUAUACUGAAGUCAUUUAUUCACCUUCGUUACGUGGAUGUGAGCAAAAACAAUUUGAAGGACAUUUCAUGUCUGAGUGCACUGACACAUAUGUUGACAUUGAAAGCAGACUACAAUAUGAUAACAAGUGUCAAAUUGGAAGAAAUGCCAUUUUUACAAGUUGCUAGUUUUAAUUUCAACAAAAUCAACUCUUUAGAGGGAGUGAGUCACCCAAUGCUUGAGCACUUGAGUCUCAACAAUAAUGAAAUCACAGAAAUAUCAGGGCUGGACGAAGCUAAACUGGCACGUCUCCACACACUGGAAGUACGAGGCAACAAACUGAAAACGACAGGCGGUGUUCACCUUCCAAAUCUAAAGAAUUUAUUUAUGGCUGCCAACACGAUAGAUAAGAUCGAGGACAUGGAGUCACUCCGAAGCCUCACUACAUUCCACCUUAGGGACAACCAACUGGAAAACUUAGACGGCUUCACAGACCAGCUCCAUCUCCUCCAGUACAUCAACCUUAGGGGAAACAAUAUAACAUCAGUGAAGGAACAGGUUCCAAAGAUGGCUUGUCUGCCAAUGCUGAGGGCUUUGGUGUUGUUUGAAAACCCAGCUCAUGAGGAGGAUGAAUACAGACUGGAGGUUCUGAUUGCUCUCAGGAAACUGGAACGACUGGACAAAGAUGAAUAUUCUGAGGAGGAGAGAAACGAAGCAGAGGAGAUUUACGAACAACGCCUUAAGGAAGAUGCAGAACGAGAGGCAAAUGGAGAGGAACAGCAAAAUGAGGAUUGAUGAGAACUGAAACGAAGACAAUUCAGAUGAUGAUGAUUGAAUCUGAACCCAAAUAUGUGGAUCUAGGAUGUUACAUGUAUGAGGACUGAGCUCAAUGUCUGCAAUGUGGUGAAACAUUGGAAAUGUCAAAAUCACUUCAUUGGAAGUAUUAAAUUAAAAAACAAACUAUCUGUGAUAUAUAUGAAACAAAUAUAUGAACAAAAUUUUCAAAAGCUGUCUUCAGUUGUAUAACAUGCUAUAGUGAAAUAGCAAAUGUCAUUUUAAAACUUGAAAAAGACUAACAAAUUUAUCAUA